AUGGCGCGUUCAAAAACAGUACGCGCCCCGACAACGGCCAGCCUACCAAACAACCUUCGCAUUCCCUCGGCCACCCCAUCCCUCACAAAAGCCCUCGGCAAGUUGUCCAGGCAAGCGCUCCUAGACCUCGCCUUCUUGUGGCUUGAAGACCGCAAUAUCACUUCUUUCCCACCAUAUUUACAACAAGACGAAGAAGUUGGGCCCGAUGACGAUGAAGCCCUCCCCUACCCCGCCGCAGAGACAGUUCAAGAGGUCCGCCAGGUCUACGAAGAUCUCCAAGACCGAAAAGGUGGAAAGCGCGAAGUUCUCGAACGAAUCCUAGAAGGCGAUUGGCGCAAUGGAAUCACACUGCGCCAGCUAGCCAUGGCAGACCUUCGCUAUAUGGACGACCGCCCCGCCAGCCUGCGAUGGACAGCGUUGGAGCUCACCCGCAUUGAUAAGCACAAAAGCAGCAAGACCCAGCCACCAGCCGAUUGGUCCGGCUCUGUGCCGCGCAUGCAAGCGUCAACAUUUGUACAGGCCCUCCAACGAGAGAUCUCCCCACUCGUCAAGGCGCACUACCAUCUCGCCCGCUCUGCAACACUCCCAUUGACAUUCCUGCGCAUUUUUGUCGUCGACUCACCAUACCAAUCCCCCCGACAAGCCGCCGAGGUCUUCACCGAUUCCUCGCGCGUCAUUUACGUCGCUUUCCCAGAUAGUUGUCCUUUCGUAUACACAUCCAUCACUGCAUCUCCCGGUUCAAAAAUCGCCCCCGCCACCAGCUCCGUGGCUACAGAUACCCGGACGCUCCAGCGCCUGGUGCGCGACGCAAUACCGAAAGCACUUUCGCGUCCGCAGGAAAGAUUCUCGCUCACGGCAACGUCCCUCGCAGCAAGGAAUCUACCUACCCUCCUCGCUCUCCGCGGCCCGGGCCGAUCAACAGCAGCCAAUGGCGCUUUUAGCAUCUUUUCUGAUGCAGCUCUCGAGGGAAGUCCGUUAGAUCCUCGACCGUCCAAUACAGUCACGCCCGAAGAGCACAUUGCAACGAGUCAUUUGGCCGAAAAGGAAAACCUAAUUCUGGAUAGCGCGAAACGCAAAUCCAGUGGGCUUGAAAAUGGCCCACUAUCGCCGGUAUCGAAGCAACGUCGUUUGGCAAUCCAUUCCCGGUUCGGCACGGGAUCGGCACUUGCGCCGGCACCACUCGACCGUCUUGAUAUUCGACUUCUUGAUAAACCUGGCUCUGGAGAUGACGAGGAUGAUGAUCCGAACUCCACGCUCCCUGCUGUCUCGCUUACAUUUGCUGGUUCGGAUGUUGUCAGUGGGAUUCGUAAACUUGCCGAGUUGGGUAUCGUUGAUCCGGAGCGCAUGCCCUCGUGGAUGACUGGCGAAGAGGGUGUCAGCGUUGCGACUGUGAGGCGAGGUCGAUCGGUUCGAAGGGAUAUAUAG